AUGUUUAACAAUAUAACGUAACAAGGAUUGAUGAUAUAUGUGUUUCGAUAUCAAUUUGUAGCAAUCCAAAUUAGUAAAAUAAGUAAAAAUUAAAACUUAACAUAAAUAUAGUUUUACAGUGGAUAUUGGAUUUUAUCCGUGUGACGUUUUGUGUUCAGUGGUAGAAUAAUUGGAAUGAUUGAGCUAAGCAAAACUGUGAUUGGUAUUGCUGCUGGUGUUGCAGGUACUAUAUUUAUUGGUUAUUGCAUAUAUUUUGAUAGCAAACGUAGAAAUGAUCCGGAUUAUAAAAAAAAAAUUCGUGAACGUCGCCGUCAACACCAUACAAGUGGCGUAACUCGUGGAGGACUACCUAACCUAAAUGAUCAUAAAGCAAUUGAAAGGUGAUGUAUUUUUAUGCUUAUUAUUAUUUUC